UUUGAGGAAGUUUAAGGAGAUAGCAUCUGCAUACUUGGUUGCCAUUUGGGUGAAGUGAAAGAAGGAGAAGUGGUCUCGAAAAUGUUAUGUGGCGUGUUUCGCUUGGAGAUAAUGAAUUCAAAGUGAUGCCUGCUGUAACAGGUGUGCACAGUGCUGUAGAGGGUGCUUACAGUUCAGCUUAGGGCUGGUAGGAAGUAACAUGUGAGUCUUCCUGAAGUCAGUCGGUCUGGGGGUCAUUGUCCUAAACAGAGAAGAUAGGAAGGAAAUAGGAGCUGAGCAUUUAGAGGUAUUCUUUGUGGUUUAAUAUUAUACCCAUGGGUCAUCCUCAAAAGAUGUGCCCGGAUUUCCCGGGGACUUUCGGAAACCCAGCUACCUUCCGACCCCGCGGAACGCUCCAAGAGGAAGCGUCGCUAGGCCACCAGAGGGCGCCAGGCGGGCCGCAGCGACCCCAGAGUCGCGUUAUGGCCGCGGCGCGGGUACAGCUGCUCCUGUCCGGGCGUCCGGAGUCGGUGAGCUUCGCACGGAGUGUGUGUGGCCUCCUGGGAGCCGGGCCAGGGCUCGGGCCGUGGCCCAUUCACUGCAGCUUGAAGCGAGGACGGCUUGUCCUCUCCAGCAGGCCCUUCCCAGGCGCCUCCGCUAGGCUUCCGCUCCAGCGACCCCCUUUCUGCCCUUUUGCGGCCCUGGACGAGCGGCCCAGGGUUCCUGGGGCUGAGCUGCCCACAGAUCGAGGUGUGGACCUGGGUGUGGCCGUCAUUCUGCAGUCCAGCGACAAGACUGUCUUGCUGACCAGAAGGGCACGCACCCUCAGCGUUUCCCCCAACCUCUGGGUACCCCCGGGUGGGCACGUGGAACUUCAGGAGGAGCUGCUGGACGGAGGGCUUCGAGAACUUUGGGAAGAGUGUGGACUACACCUGCCCCAGGGCCAGUUCUCUUGGGUCCCUCUGGGUUUAUGGGAGUCUGCCUACCCUCCUAAGCUGAGCUGGGGUUUACCCAAGUACCAUCACAUUGUUCUGUAUCUACUCGUGAUCUCCCAGGAAUCACAGCAGCAGCUGCAGGCCCGGAUCCAACCAAACCCAAGUGAGGUGAGCGCCCUUAUGUGGCUGACACCAGAUGUAGCUGCUGCAGUGGCUGCCACAGAGGAUGGGACAGAGACACCCAGACUUCUCCCCCAGGACCUACCACCCUCUGUCCUUGCACUGGAACUAGAAGAGGAUGGAAGAGCCCGACCUCUGGUCCUGCCUAUGUCCACCCUGCUGCGGAUGAUCCCAACCAUGGCAGAGGGCAAAGAGAGAGUCAGCACUGGAACCAAGUUUGCCCUCAGGCUCUGGCUGCAACAUCUGGGCAGAACACCCCCACCGUGUAAAAGUGCAGCUCACCUGGACCCAGGGCCAGCAAAGGAAGAAUGGAACAUGGACCCUCUUCCCCCAAACCAGGGGUCUGGAAAGUGA